UGUCAUGUAGGUAGGUACCUACUCAUAAACACUAAUAAAUUUAAAAUUAAUCAUAAUGGGUGUUAAUGUGUUAUAUGAAAGCGAUAAUUUUAUAAUCGUUAAUAAACCUUAUGAUAUGUAUAUUAAUUCAGACGAUAAAGAAGAAAAAAAUACGGUUACGUUUUACAUAGGAUCUCUGAACUCCCACCUCAGAAGUUCUAUGAAUCCUCUACACUUCAUUCAUAGAUUGGAUUAUGCGACCAGUGGAGUGUUGUGCAUAGCAAAGAAAAAGUCCGCUGCCGCUGAGGCUGGGAAAUUAUUUGAAAAACGUCUCACAAAAAAGUACUACUUAGCUGUUGUAAGAGGACACAUAACAUUUGAUUUAGCAGAUAUAGAUUAUCCUGUAGGUAUUGACAGAAAACCACAAUGUGAACACAGAAUGAGAGCACUCACAAAUAUGGAUGAGCCUUGUUUACAUCCACGGGAUAGCCAUACGCGCAUGCUGCUUUUGGAGACUGGUUACUAUGGAGAGGAUCCAAUAUCUGUAGUUCUUUUAAAACCUUUUACAGGAAGAAGACACCAGCUUCGAGUGCACUGUCGAGCUAUAAAUCACACAAUUCUUGGUGAUUACACUUACAGUGGCAAGUUGGAUAGAGAGCCCCAUAGGAUGUAUCUACAUGCAACAAGGUUGGUUGUGCCAUUAAAGAAAGAGCCUUUGGAUAUACAAACUGCUGAACCAUUUUUCUCAGACGAAGAAUUUACUCGUAAAUGGAAACCAUUGCAGAAGUUCUACGAUUACAAAUCCAAAGAUGACUUUGUAUCGAUUUGUAAUACUAUGGACGGCAAUACUCCUGGACUUAAAUGCCAAACAUUCGCUUUAGUCAUAUAGUCAAGAUUACAAUGUGUAUAUUAUUUGUAAAUAAUAUUUUACCUAUUGUGAACAUGUACUAGUGUAACCUACGCUUAUUAAAACAUAAUUUUACUGUUCCUAGUGUUAAAAAAGUGUAAGUACAAUGUACUGAUUAAUUAGGUAUCUUCA